UACGUAUAUAUGUAAUACAGAUGGCUGAGACCGACGUUGAUAAUGAACUUCUGGACUAUGAGGAAGAUGAGGAGCCCCAGGGAGCCCCUGAGAGUGGGACCCCAGCAAACAAGAAGGAGGUGAAGGGGUCUUAUGUAUCCAUCCACAGCUCGGGCUUCAGAGACUUUCUCCUCAAACCAGAGCUGCUUCGUGCCAUUGUAGACUGUGGUUUUGAGCAUCCCUCAGAAGUCCAACAUGAGUGUAUUCCCCAAGCAAUCCUUGGCAUGGACAUCCUGUGUCAGGCCAAGUCGGGAAUGGGAAAGACAGCAGUGUUUGUACUGGCCACCCUGCAGCAGAUAGAACCAGUGGAUGGUCAGGUGUCUGUCCUUGUAAUGUGCCACACACGAGAGUUGGCCUUCCAGAUCAGCAAAGAGUAUGAGCGCUUCUCCAAGUACAUGCCCACUGUCAAGGUGUCUGUGUUCUUUGGUGGCCUGGCCAUCAAAAAAGACGAGGAAGUCCUGAAGAAGAACUGCCCUCACAUUGUCGUAGGAACUCCAGGACGUACCCUGGCCCUCAUCCACAACAAGUCCCUCAACUUGAAGAACAUUAAACACUUUGUGCUUGACGAGUGCGAUAAGAUGCUGGAGCAGCUGGACAUGAGGCGUGAUGUCCAGGAAAUCUUCAGGCUGACACCUCAUGAGAAGCAGGUUAUGAUGUUCAGUGCAACGCUAAGCAAGGAGAUCCGCCCUGUUUGCCGCAAGUUCAUGCAGGAUCCCAUGGAAGUGUUUGUGGAUGACGAGACCAAGCUGACACUCCAUGGUUUACAGCAAUAUUACUGCAAGUUGAAGGACAGUGAGAAGAACCGAAAGCUCUUUGACCUGCUCGAUGUUCUCGAGUUCAACCAGGUGGUGAUCUUUGUUAAGUCAGUGAAUCGCUGUGUGGCUCUGUCCCAGCUGCUGGUGGAGCAGAAUUUCCCGGCCAUCGCCAUCCACAGAGGCAUGGCACAAGAGGAGCGGUUAUCCCGGUACCAGCAGUUUAAAGACUUCCAGCGGCGGAUACUGGUUGCAACCAACCUGUUUGGCCGAGGCAUGGACAUCGAGCGAGUCAACAUCGUCUUUAACUACGACAUGCCAGAAGAUUCUGACACAUACCUUCACAGAGUGGCCCGUGCUGGCAGGUUUGGGACCAAAGGCCUGGCUGUCACAUUUGUGUCAGACGAGACAGACGCCAAGAUCCUCAAUGACGUCCAAGACCGCUUCGAGGUCAACGUAGCAGAGCUCCCAGAGGAGAUUGAUAUCUCCUCCUACAUUGAACAGGCCAGAUGAGUCUGAAGUGUCUUUCCAGUGAAGAUUGUGUGUGACGCUUGGUGUUGCUGUAUUUUGGUGGAGGGGAAAAAAACCCCUCAGCAUUUACUUUAAAGUCCCCCUCCAACCAGAAAUGUUGGCAAGUUCAUAAUGAUACAUUUGUUUAUUUUAUCAGGUGUUUGCUUGUUUUAGUGCAGAAUUUCCAAAACCUUUCCCAGAGUACCCCUGGUCCUGUAUGUUGUAGAGCUCCAUUACAGCUGAUCUAAGUAAUCAGCUUGUUAUUAAGCAGCUUCAGGUUGAGGAGUGACCAUUUGAAUCAGCUGUGUUGGAGCAGGGAGACAUCUUAACCAGAGUAAGGGUACUCCAGGAAAGGGCUGGGAAACCCUGUUAGUGUUUUCCUUGUUAACGCCAUGGAUAUAUUUUGGGUUGAAGAAAUAAAGUUUUUAUACCUUA